AGCAGGAAGGAGGCGGGGACGCCGACACCGGAACCGCUCCGGCCGCUGAAGGAGCGAGCGGGGCCCGCUAGGCGGGGCACGCGCGGGAGCGGUGGCGGUGUUGUCGCCGCGGGCGGUUCCCCGCGCUGCCGCAGCAGAGGGCGACGCUGAUGCGGCUGGUCGGCGACGGCGGCGGCUCUGGGCUGGCCCGGGUCUGAGCCACUGCUGCCAAAGAGGCGGCCGGACUCCGACUGGGAGGGUCGCCGUGGGAAAACGCAGGAUGGGGCUGAGCACGGCAACCGCCGUGAUGGUGUUGCCUCCUGCGAGCCUCGCUUUCUCCGAAGAGAGAGGGCUCCCUCGGGGCUGAGGCGGCCUCUUUCUCCUCGCCUGUCCCGCCCUCUCCCCUCUUCCGUUCGCCUUUUCUCUUCUGCGUUCCCCUUCAGUUUUCUCCCCGACUCGGACCGACCGCAUUCGGUGCCCCCCCCCCCCCCCGAGGAGAAGGGGCGACUUCGCCGCCGCCGCCGCCUUUUGGAGCCGCCAGUGGAAGAUGGCGUGGGUGCUGAAGAUGGACGAAGUGAUCGAGUCCGGGCUGGCGCACGACUUCGAUGCCAGCCUCUCCGGCAUCGGGCAAGAGCUGGGCGCCGGCGCCUACAGCAUGAGUGAUGUUCUGGCACUGCCUAUUUUCAAGCAAGAAGACUCUAGCCUUCCACCUGAUAAUGACACAAAACAUCCACCAUUUCAAUAUGUUAUGUCUGCUGCAACUUCCCCAGCAAUCAAACUGCAUGAUGAAACACUUACUUACUUAAAUCAAGGUCAGUCCUAUGAAAUUCGGCUGUUAGAUAAUCGAAAAAUGGGAGAUAUGCCAGAAAUCAAUGGGAAACUGGUAAAGAGUAUCAUAAGAGUAGUGUUCCAUGACAGAAGACUACAAUACACUGAGCAUCAGCAGCUAGAAGGCUGGAAGUGGAAUCGCCCUGGAGACCGAUUACUUGAUUUAGAUAUUCCUAUGUCUGUUGGAGUAAUUGAUAUAAAAACAAAUCCAAGCCAGCUCAAUGCAGUUGAGUUUUUGUGGGACCCUGGAAAACGCACAUCUGCCUUUAUUCAGGUACAUUGUAUCAGCACUGAAUUUACACCUCGUAAACAUGGAGGUGAAAAAGGAGUUCCUUUUAGGAUUCAGGUUGAUACUUUUAAACAGGCAGAAAAUGGAGAGUACACUGAUCACCUGCAUUCAGCCAGCUGUCAAAUCAAAGUGUUUAAGCCAAAAGGGGCAGACAGAAAACAAAAAACAGAUAGAGAAAAGAUGGAGAAGCGAACUGCCCAUGAAAAAGAAAAAUAUCAGCCUUCAUACGACACUACAAUUCUCACUGAGAUGAGGCUUGAGCCUAUAAUUGAAGAUGCAGUUGAACAUGAGCAGAAAAAGUCCAGCAAGCGGACUUUGCCAGCAGACUACGGUGAUUCUCUGGCAAAGCGAGGCAGUUGUUCACCAUGGCCCGAUACGCCUACUGCAUUUGUGAAUAAUAGCCCUACCCCAACACCAGCUUUUACCUCUUCUCCACAUACUACUUACAGUGUCCCAGACAGUAAUUCAUCAUCUCCAAAUCAUCAAGGAGAAGGCAUUCCUCUAGCAGGUGGUGAGCAACUUCAUCCAUCAGCCACAAUCCAGGAAACCCAGCAGUGGCUGCUUAAACAUAGAUUUUCCACUUAUACAAGGGUGUUUUCCAAUUUCUCAGGUGCUGAUUUACUGAAGUUGACAAGAGAAGAUCUGGUACAAAUCUGUGGUCCUGCUGAUGGAAUUCGGCUUUACAAUGCACUUAAAUCAAGGUCUGUUAGGCCACGUCUAACAAUCUAUGUAUGCCAAGAGCAGUCAAGAAGUAUACGACUGGAAAGGCAACAAGACUCAGGCAAUGGAGAAAGGAAUGGUGCAAUAUUUGUUUACCAUGCACUCUACUUGGAAGAAAUGGCUGCCUCGGAAGUCACUCGCAAGCUUGCUUUGGUGUUCAAUAUUCCUUUGCAUCAAAUUAACCAGGUGUACAGACAAGGUCCUACUGGCAUCCAUAUUCUUGUCAGUGAUCAGAUGGUUCAGAACUUUGAAGAUGAGAGCUGCUUCCUUGUUACCACAAUAAAAGCUGAAAAUGGCGAAGGCUUCCAUAUAAUUUUGAAGUGAUGUUGCCAUAUGUAUGACAGACUGAUAUUCCAGUUGAAAAAUGAAGUCAUCAAGAAUGGCGAAUAACAUCAAGUCUCUUCAGGGAUCUGACUUCACCAUAUAGAAUGUUUCAUAUUGAAAACACGUUGACCUUCUAAUGAGCUGUUUAGUAAAUGAACUUUUCACUGCCAUAGCCAAAUGCCCUUAUAAGAGGUAGAAAUGACCUAACAGGCAUGGAAAAAAGCAAAGUAAAUAAAGGUGGUUGCCCUUUUUUGAAAAAAAUAAAAUAACGCAAGCUAUGGCCAGUAGAUGCAGUUUCUAGAAGCAGUACUGCUUUCCUAUUACACUGCAUCCAAUUGAAUGUAAACUUAUCCUGGGCAUUUAUCUUUCUGUGCCAGUUUGUCUAUUACUUGCUUGUACUUUUAUGCUGGUUUUAUUUUUUGAUGUUAGCAGAGCACAUAGUAAUUUGUGUGGAGAUAAGUAGUACGAUAAUAGCAAUCAGGUUUGGGGUCUUGAGAGUAAAGCUGUCAAAACAGCAUUCUCUGUAUAAAUUGUGUAUAAAGUGUGAAUGUAAGAAGUGUAAAUGUCAGAGUUGGGCUUCUUGUUAAAGUCCUAACCAGAUGAAAAUUAAGCAUGCAUCAGAACACAUUACCAUUAGUACCUAAUUGGGAGGUUUAUAAAAUAAAACCUCUGAGGUACAGUAUUUUGCUUUGCAACAAAUUCCUUGAGAAAAUUCGCCUAUGCAUCAUGUUUUCAGUUUCUUGAAUGAUACACUCCUGCAGUUCUGCUUUUUUUUUAACCACUCUGUAAAAUAAUAGUGAGUUGAAACUUCCUCAUGGAGAAAAAGGAAAUGUAAUUGUCACCAAGGGUCAAUAUUGAAAUUAAGCAAGGAUCCAUAAGCCAAACAAUAACUUAAAAAAAAUAGGUGCAGCCCUGCAUUUUCCCAUGUUUACUCCCAGGUGACAACAGUCAUUUCCCUUUUUUUCUCUGGCUGUAGUGGAAAGACCAGUCUUAGUGCCUAUUCCAUACAACCAAAUACUUGACUAGCAGUUGCACAUCUUAAUGAACUGUACAAAUGUCUUUAAAUGUUACCUGAAGAUCAACGAUCUCUAGAGGGAUAACAUUUGACUCUUCUGGAUUGUGUAUUAAUAGAUGUACUUGUGGGAAAUUAAGACACAGAAGGUAGGUUACUUCAUGACCUUGUUGUGGACGUGCCUUUUUAUCAGCUUAAAUCUUGAAUGAUGUAAUGAACAUUGAAAGGGUGAAAACGCCACAUGUCAAGUAAUGUUUUUGAUUUCAGUUCCAUUUUUAAUUAUGCCUAAGUGAAGUGCUUAAACUCCAACUAUUCUAAGAAAGUCAAUUAAUUACUUGUAUUUGGAUGAAUGCUUGUUCCCCUAUUUCUCCAUGACCUAUGCUAUUCUGCACUGAUGGGGAGGGAGUAUAAUUUGUGAGCAUAAACUGUUUUGAAUUGUUCUUGCCUAUAAAUUAUUUUUGGUUGUACUUGGGUGUCUUCAGUUGACUUGAUGUGUCAUCUCAACACCAUUUUAUAAAUUUGUGGAGAAUCUUUGAAAAUUUUAAAAGCUGUACAGUAGUUUUGUUCACUUGGAUUUAAUUAAUGACACCAGCAAAUUGCUUUUUGUUUUUAAAUAAGAUAUAUACAUUUCAAUUUCAGUAAAAACAUUUUCCAAUAA